UAUCUAUAUGUUCAGAUGAGCACGCCAUUGAAUUUGGAGUUGGAGAGACUGUCCAUGUUGAAUCCAAUCAUGUCGUCGGAUCGGAGCUCCAAGAAGGUGUGUGUCGUCGGCGCCGGGAUGGCGGGGCUGGCGGCCGCGCGCGAGCUGCGGCGGGAAGGCCUCGACGUGACGGUGCUCGAGCAGCUCGCCGGCGUCGGCGGGCAGUGGCUGUACGACGCGGCGACCGACGCCGGCGACCCGCUCGGCAUGGCCGGCGUGCACAGCAGCGUGUUCGCCUCGCUCCGUAUCAACGGCCCGAGGGAGUCCAUCGGCUUCUCCGACUUCCCGUUCCGCCCCACCAACGACGCCGGCGGCGACGCGCGGCGGUACCCCGUCCACGGCGAGCUCCUCAGGUACAUCAGGGACUUCUGCGACGCGUUCGGCCUCAUGGACGCCGUCAGGCUCAACACCACGGUCACGCGAGUCGCCAUGGCACCGCCGCGGCGCGACGGGUCGCUGCGGUGGGCGGUGAGGAGCAAGCGCCACGGCGAGGCGGAGACAGAGGAGGUGUUCGACGCCGUCGUGGUGGCCAUCGGGCACUACUCGCAGCCAAGGCUCCCGACCAUCGACGGGAUGGAUAGGUGGAGGAGGAAACAGCUCCAUUCCCACUCGUACCGCGUCCCGGACUCCUUCGCCGGCGAGGUCGUCGUCAUCGUUGGGUGCAGCGUGAGCGGCGCAGAGCUCGCCCUUGAGCUCCGCCGCGUCGCCAAGGAGGUCCACCUCAGCACCAAGUCGACGGAGGAGACCAUCACGUCGGCGAUGUCCAAAAGUGUCGCCAGGUACGAAAACCUCCACCUGCGACCACAGGUCGAACACCUGCGCGAGGACGGGACUGUGGUGUUCGACGACGGCUCGUUCGUCGUCGCCGACGCUGUCAUCUACUGCACCGGGUACAACUACUCGUUCCCGUUCCUGGACACGAACGGGAAGGUCACCGUCGACGACAACCGCGUCGGGCCGCUGUACGAGCACGUGUUCCCGCCGGAGCUGGCGCCGUCGCUGUCGUUCGUGGGCAUCCCGGGCAAGGUGGUCCUGCCGGUGUUCAUCGAGGUGCAGGCGAGGUGGGUGGCGCAGGUGCUGUCCGGGCGGAGGACGCUGCCGUCGCCGGAGGAGAUGCAGCGCGCCGUCGAGGAGCACACCCGCGGCAUGGAGGCCGCCGGGUUGCCGAAGCGGUGGACGCAUGACAUGUUCUUGAACCUGGAACGCUGCGACGACUACGGCGAGCGCAUCUGCGGCUUCCCGCGGAUGGAACAGUGGAAGAAGGAGAUCUUUGUGUCAUCCCUCUCCGACAUGGUCGACGACAUCGAGAACUUCCGCGACGGCUACCACGACAGCGACCUCGUCCGCGACGCCCUGCGCCGGCACGGUUGGACUCCCGCCGAGGAGGACGACGACGCCCACAAAUAAAAGCACUUGGAUUGGACUCCAAUAAAUUCAGGUUCUUUGGCUAAGACAAGUGAAGUGACGAGGAGCUAAAAGAUGGGAGAGUAUUCAAGUCCAGGCACAAGUGUUCGACUCGAGCAAUCGAAGUUGAGGAAAAGUACCAUCCAGCAAAGCAUAUAUUUUAGAAAAGUGUUAUGGGAACCACGUCAACUGCUCUCACCAGUUAGCAUCAAAUGUUACUUGGGGACCACUAAAAUGUUUUAAUAUGCCCCUAAGGUCAUAAACUUUAUAAGGGUAAUAUGAUAACUUCAUGUAAGCCUGCAAUAGCAAACUAGUGAAUCUUGGGUACAUGAUAACUUCCUACGGUCAUAUUGACUUUGUACCAUCUGUAAAGUUCCUUUCUGUUAGAUGAAAUGUGUUGUUGUAUAGGACUUUAAUUACAAACGCGCGUGCGUUGCAAACGGUGAUUACUAUGUACAAUUAAAAUGUGAUUACUAUGUACAAUUAAAAUUAUAUAACUCCACUGGUGGAGAAA